UCAGUUUUGGAAAAAAAAAUCUUUCCUAUAGUAUUCUUCCCCUUCCAUCCUUUCUCAUAACUUAAUGCAAUAUUCUAACUAGGCUAUUUUCAACUUCUCCUCUGAGUUUUCAUCAUUUUCUUGGCCAAAAAAAAUGAAAUCCAUAGAAUUGUUCUGUGCUUCUCCUGCUUCUACAGCCAUAUGUUCAAGCAUGGAUCAACGUACUAUGGUACGUCGUGGCAUUAGGCGUCUUGAUCAUAAAAUUGAUCGAUUAGGUGACCGUUCAAAAAUCAAAACACCAGUAGUCCCUUGUUCUUCUUCUCAACUUCCAUUUGAUCCUAAAAAUUAUUAUCAAAAGGGUAGAAAAAGCUCUAGUAAACCAAGUGAAUUACGUCGAAAAAGCUCAGCUGAUAUUACUGACUUAGCUAAUUCUAGCCCUCCUAGUUAUUCUUCUAGGUAUUUGUUAAGUGAUACUCCAUUCAUUGAUUUCUUAUCUUCAGAUCAUAGUUCUGGAGAUGUUCAUGCUUUGGUUCCUAGCAAAUCCUUAAGGGCUAAAAGCACAAAUGAACGUCUCAUGUAUCGAUCUUCAUCAACUCGUUCGAUUGAAUCCCCAGUCUAUAAACCUUCACCAGUUUAUUCAAAGGAUUUGUGUGUCUAUAAAUCAUCAUCAACUCGUUCUUGUGCCCGUGAACAGGUUGUGGAAUUGAUGGUGUCAAUCCACUGCAAAGGUUGUGAAGGGAAAGUAAGAAAACAUAUCUCCAGAAUGGAAGGAGUGAAAUCAUUUAAAAUAGAUUUCCCUUCAAAGAAAGUUACAAUUAUCGGCGAUGUGACUCCACUAGGAGUAUUGGCAAGUAUUUCUAAGGUGAAGAAUGCACAAUUUUGGCCAUCUCCAACUACUUCCUCUUCCUCGUCCUCGUCCUCGUCCUCGUCUUCUCCAAUGGUCUGAACAAAAGAUACUGAUUAAUUACUGAUGUAUUAGUUUCAAAAUAUUCUGUAGCGAGUGUGUUUUGUUUAAAAAUGUCUAAAUUAGCCGUUAAUGGUGUAUUUCUUGCAUUAUUAUAUGUCGUGGGCUUGUAAAUAUUGUGUUAUUUAGUAUCUUUUGUAUUAAAAAGAAUAGAAAGCUAAAAAGAGUUUGUUUGAUUCUCUUGUGUUCUGUGA